UGCCAAGGAACGGCGCACGGACGCCGAGACGGGCCCCGGCGGUCACCAUGGCGGCCACGGCGGACUCGCUGUGGGAGGACAGGGACGUCCGCUUCGAUAUCUCCUCUCUGCAAAUGAAAAUGAGACCAGGAGAAGUUCUCAUUGACUGUUUGGAUCCUAUUGAAGAUACCAAAGGAAACAAUGGAGAGAAAGGCAGACUUUUGGUAACAAACUUGAGAAUUAUUUGGCACUCCAUAGUAUUGCCUAGAGUCAACCUCUCUGUUGGCUACAAUUGCUUUAUAAGCACAACAACAAGAACUGCUAACUCGAAAUUAAGAGGCCAGACAGAAGCACUUUAUAUAUUAACCAAAUGUAACAAUACACGUUUUGAAUUCAUAUUUACAAAUGUGGUUCCUGGAAGCCCCAGACUUUUUGCCUCUGUUAUUGCUGUACACAGAGCUUAUGAAACUUCAAAAAUGUACCGUGAGCUUAAACUGAGAUGUGCAUUAAUUCAAAACAAGCAGUUGAGAUUGUUACCCAAAGAACAAGUAUAUGACAAAAUAAAUGGUGUCUGGAAUUUAUCUAGUGAUCAGGGAAAUCUGGGUACCUUUUUUGUUACAAAUGUAAGAGUAGUUUGGCAUGCUAAUAUGAAUGACAGCUUUAAUGUCAGUAUCCCAUAUCUACAAAUUCGUUCAGUAAAGAUCAGAGACUCAAAAUUCGGCUUGGCACUUGUCAUUGAGAGUUCUCAGGCGACUGGUGGUUAUGUGCUUGGAUUUAAGAUUGACCCAGUGGAAAAACUAGAGGGAACAGCAAAAGAAAUAAAAUCAUUACAUCAAGUCUUUUCAGUUAAUCCUAUAUUUGGAGUAGAUUACGAAAUGGAAGAGAAGCCUCAGCAGCUAGAAGAUCUGACGGUGGAACAGAUACAGGAUGAUGUAGAGAUUGAGGCAGAUGAGCAGACAGAUGCUUUUGUGGCUUAUUUUGCUGAUGGAAAUAAGCAACAGGACCGUGAGCCUGUUUUUUCUGAAGAGUUGGGGCUUGCUAUAGAAAAACUAAAAGAUGGCUUCACACUGCAAGGACUCUGGGAAGUAAUGGGAUGACAUUAUUUUAAAGCAACAUUUAAUAAAUCUGUUUAGUCUCUAAAAGUCAUGUAUUGAAAAAGCUACAGCUCCCUGUUUUAUAGAGAUGAUUAUAUUUACAAGAAAACUAUUACAAGAAGGAAGAGAUAAUGAUGUACAGUGUAUAGUUGUCAUGUUAUAAUAAAAUAUAUUUGAUUAUAUAUUCAUGGAAUGUACAGUUUUGUAAUUGUAUGUGCUUUCAGUGGUUACAUUUAAAAUUAUUUAAAAUUAUUUGAUUAUUUAAAAUAUGUGUUGGUCUCAUAUGAGUGUAAAUAAAAAUAUUUUAAAGGAAAUAACAUGAGAUAAUAUGUGGUAUUUUUGAAUUUCCAACUAUGACCCAGUCAUUAAAUCUUACCCUUAUUUCAUUCCACCAAUAUACUGCACAUUCCAUUACCCUGGAUGUAUGCUAAGAAAUGAAGUUUACUUUUAUGAAAUCUACUGGUUGCUUUGACAGAUGUUGAAUUUGUCUUGUCAUUUUUCCUUUUUACUGUAUUUUUUGCUUCAUAAGACACACCUGACCAUAAGACACACUUAGUUUUCAGAGGAGGAAAGGGGGAAAGCCCUGGUUUUUUUUGGGGGGGGGGUCAGCUCACAGUUGUGCAGCUUCUUUUUCAAAGAGGAAAAGCCACAUUUUUUAAAGGAUCAGCUCAAAGUUGUUGAGUUUACUUUGCAAAGGGAAAAAAUCCUGUUCAACUCACACUUCUGCAGCUUCUGAUAAUCUAAUCAGCCAGAUAAUCCAAUCAGCCAGUCACAUGUUGCUGGGGAAACAAACAGCCUCGCUCUGCAGAACAUUCAACAAUGGAGGCCUGGGCAAGGGGGUGGCUGGAAUUUGGAGGGGAGCUAGCUUCCCUUAUCUCCCUCCCCGAUCUCUUGCAAUCAGCUGCUGAGCGGCUUCUUUUCAACACCCCUCUUUCCCUCUUGUUAGCCUUUAGCUCUUUCUAAAAAAAAAAAAGCACGAUCUGCAUUUUGCC